AUUGUUUUAACAAUUCCUUUAGCAACAGCUUCAAAUGAACGAAUGUUUUCUACCCUCAGCCGAGUUAAAAAUUAUUUAAGAAGUAGUUGUGGUGAUGAAAGACUAAGCGAUCUGUUAGUUCUUUUUUGUCUGACUGAAGACGCAAAAAACAUAAAUCUGUGGAAGGUGGUGACUGAAUUUGCAAAAAUGAAGCCUCGUAGA